AUGUUUCAUCUGAGAGAAGUAGUCCUGAUUCUGCUGGUCCGAUCAUGUUUUCUGCUACCUGUGGAUUACGAUGUCACAGCACCUGAACAAAACCUAGGUGCAGUACAAAUUCAGACAAACGGACAUUUCGAACAUCUGAUGGAUGGGGAGACAUUAGUUGAAGGGGACAUCAUUAAAAAUCGCCGAAAAUCAGCAGUUCAUCAUUUUGAAAUGAGAAUGGCGGCAACAGACAGCGAUUUAGCGUGGACAGGGCGGAUAAUUCCAUACAUCAUCGAUACCACAGGAUAUUCGGUUACAGAGCUCACAGCUAUAAAAAGUGCAUUGGGCAAAAUGACAGCACUUCUUCAAGACUGCAUAACAUUCAAACCAAGGCUUAAAGAGAACGAUUACAUUAAGAUUCAAAAGGGUCACGGCUGUUACAGUUCUGUGGGGAGACAAGGAGGGGAACAGAAGGUGUCCCUGGGCCCCGGUUGUACCGAGCGAACUGGAACCGUAUACCACGAACUGAUGCACGCUCUGGGAUUCUGGCACGAACACACACGGCCUGAUAGGGAUAAAUAUAUCGUGGUCAACUACACCAACAUCAUUCACUCCCAUGUAUCUGAUUUUGAAAAAAUGAAAGAAGACGAGGUGACUAUUUUGGGAGACUACGACUACACAUCUGUCAUGCAUUAUUCUCCUAAAACCUUCGCCAAAGACAAAGUGGACCCUAAGGGGAGAGCGUUUACUGUCAACAGAACUUGGAACAAUCCGUUCCCAGAGAACCAGGAAUACAGGAUUGGACAGAGGGAUGGUCUCAGUACGCUGGACAUACAAAAAAUCAGGAAAAUGUACCAAUGCAGUAUCAAACAGUGCAGCAAUCCCGGGCCACUCAGAAAUGGUAAAAUAGUGGGCCUCGCAGAGACCGGAAACACCGGGGUUGGCGUCACCAUUGCCUACUCCUGUAACGAUCCCGGCGCCAUGUUGGUCGGGCCCCGGAAGAGAUUUUGUAAAAUGGACGGUGAUUGGUCUGGAUUUCAACCCCAGUGUCUUAACCCAAAAGAAGGCUUCAUACAUUUUUGCUCCUUUGAUUCCAAAAAUUUCUGUGGCUGGACACAGGAUCCACAAAACUCUGUUGUAGGAAACUGGAUUCUAAAUAACAAAGAGACGGACACAGAAAAUACUGGUCCGAAUCUAGACCACACGUCAGAGGAUCAUACAGGAUACUACAUUUACAUGGAGUCCUCUUAUAGAACAAAGGGAGAUAAGACCAGAUUACUAUCCCCACUUUUCCACAUAAUGAACAGCACAGGACGCAUGUGUUUAGAGUUAUACUACCAUAUGCACGGAGAAACGAUGGGUUCACUCAAUGUUUUCAUACAAAAUGAGGGGCUUACCCAGACGUUCCAAACUUUUCCGAUCUCUGGAGACCACGGAUCUCAGUGGAACCACCUGGAAGUGAACUUCACGAAUCCAAACGUUCCUUUCAAAGUUGUACUGGAGGGAGUCGUGGGACCAAACUUCCUGAGUGACAUUGGGAUUGAUGACGUCAUCAUCAAGGACUGUAGUCUUGGACCAGGAGAUCAAACCGAGAAACAAGGAGUAUACAAGUGUGAUUUUAACACUGGGUUCUGUGGCUGGUCACAGGAGACGACGGACAUUGCCUGGCAAAAAAACACGGGAGAUACGCCCACUAUCCUUACCGGUCCGGAAUGUGACCGCACCGAUUGUCAGAACGGAACAUACCUUUAUAUAGAAACGUCUGGUACAAGUGCACCAGGAAGUGAGGCAACAUUGAGAUCCCCUUUACUCCAGAGGAGCGGAGACUACUGCCUUACCUUUUUCUACAGUAUGUAUGGGGCUGAUGUUGGUGAGCUUAGAGUAGAAUUAGAAGAAGGUGUCAACAAAUCUAUACAGUGGAUGAAACAGGGUGACCAGGGCAACGGGUGGCACAGUGCGAUGGUUCCAAUAUCUGGUCAGGGAGCAUUCUGGGUGACAUUUGUGGGAAUGAAAGGCUUUGGGUACCGAGGAGACAUUGCCAUAGAUGACGUCACAAUUACAGAAAAUGAAUGCAAGGUUGAUGCCUCCUGCGACUUUGAUAGCGAUUUUUGUGGAUGGCAGAACGAUGUGUUUGACGACUUUGAUUGGUCAAGAAUGAAAGGGUCAACUGCCACUCCUAACACUGGACCAAGGGCGGAUCACACGUCUUCUGAAGGUUAUUACCUUUACAUAGAGAGCUCGGCGCCUAGAGUGAUGGGGGACACAGCCCGUAUUUACUCUCCCUUCAUCAGUAGCUACAACCCAGUGUCCUGUCUGAUCUUCCAUUAUCAUAUGUUUGGAGAGCACGUGGCACAUUUACAAGUACUCCUAGUAACCAUUGAGGGGCAUGAACAAAGUGUAUGGAAGCUUUUCGGAAAUCAUGGCGAUGUGUGGCACAAAGCCACCGUCCAUCUUCCUCCAAUGCAAACAGAUUAUCAGAUUGUGAUCGAGGGUGUCGUUGGUAAUUCUUAUACCGGUGAUAUUGCAGUGGAUGACAUUAUAAUGUUCCAAUCUUGUUUUUAA